AUGGACCACAAAAGAAGAAAAGUUGAGAGAGCGAGAUAUGAAGAAAUGCAGAAACCUGUCUAUGUUCUUGGUCAUUUAUAUGAAGACAUCUCCAGUGAUGAAGAAGAUCGUAGUGAACCGGUGAACCAACUUCGACUUCAUCGACAACUUGACUCUGUUUGUGAUAUAAGAACCGUGAUAUCAGAGAACACAGAAGAAGCUGAAGAUACGCGUCAUGUGAUUAUUUCCGAGAACGCUGAAAGUGAUGAUGAUUCUGCAGAGGAGACCGGAUACCAAACAGAUGUCAACAACAAUUGUACGGUGACAAAGACAACCAUUUGUUUAGUGAUGAACCGCUCCGUACGACGCGACCCUUGCGGGACAGAAGAAAUAUCGCGGGAUUCGCAAAUCGUGUAUUCAGAGGAUAUCGACCCUAAAGACAUUGACUUUGCGGCGGUAGCCACAGACAUUUUGGAUGAAGUGCCAAAACAUUUUAAUGAUGAACAUGUAAAUGUGAGACUUGUGAAGGGAGAUUUAUGA